GAGACCGCGGACACAGCGCGGCCUACAGACACCCGCGGAGGGGCGAGGGCGGCGGGGAAGCCUCCGAGCCCCGGGAUGGGAAAGGAUCCAGUGGUGCUGGCACUGACACCCGGCGCCGCAGCAGAUCGGGGAUAGCUGGAGAGCCGAACCGCCUGCCCGCGCAGCCCUGCCUGUCGGGAACAGCGCCCCCUGCCGGCCGCCAUGAGGAACGAACACCGCCAUGACGCCAGGGCGGCGCUGAUUGGUGCCCGCCUGACGCCGCAGAGAGGCGAAGGGGGGCGGGCGGUGAUUGGUCAGGAGGCCAAGGGGGAGGGACAAACCUGGCGCGUGCGCAGUGCGGGAAGAGUCCCGUGGCAGUGCCGGCACUUCCGGUCGCCAUGUUCCACUUCCGGGUCGCGCCAUCGCCCCUCGGCUGCCGCCUGCGCUGAGCCGCGACCGCAGCGCCCACGGAGCCGCCACGAUGAGGCUCUACAGCCUAAGUGUCCUUUACAAAGGUGACCCCAAAGUGCAUUUGCUCAAAGCUGCCUAUGAUGUGUCCACCUUCAACUUCUUUCAGAGAGCCAGUGUGCAGGAGUUCAUGACGUUCACGAGCCAGCUGAUCACGGAGCGCUCGGCGCUGGGCAGCAGGGCCUCGGUCAAGGAGCAAGAGUACCUGUGCCAUGUGUAUGUCCGGGGCGAUGGGCUGGCCGGAGUGGUGAUUGCAGACAAUGAAUAUCCUCAGCGGGUGUGUUUCACCCUGCUGGACAAGGUGCUGGAUGAGUUCUCCAGGCAGGUCAGUAAGAUGGACUGGCCCUCAGGGUCACCUGCCACCAUCAGCUACUCUGCCUUGGAUGGAUAUCUCAGCAAAUACCAGAACCCCCGGGAUGCUGACCCAAUGACCCGAGUGCAGGCAGAGCUGGACGAGACCAAAAUCAUUCUGCACAACACUAUGGAAUCACUGCUGGAGCGUGGGGAGAAGCUGGAUGACCUGGUCUCCAAAUCAGAGGUGCUGGGGGCACAAUCCAAAGCCUUCUACAAAACGGCCCGAAAGCAGAAUUCCUGCUGUGAAAUCAUGUGAUGUGGAGCCUGGGGUCUCCACCUCUGGACCACCAGCCCUCCACCCCCCUCCACAGCCACUCCAGGGGUGUUCCUGGGGCUGGGCCAGGGAUCCUUAGCCCCCUGGGCUGAUGUGACUGUUGUCCACCUUGAGGGGACACCAAUGCUGCCACGGGACUGGCACCCAUGUGGGGAGGUCCACACUGAAGACCCUCCACCCUCACUGUUCUGGGACAGCUUGGACCAGGAGGCACCCAGCCACACGCUGCCCUGCCUUCACACCCCCCGGGGAGCCUGGAGGAGCCCCCCACUGCUGUCCAGGGGGCUGAGGGGGCAGGCAGAGCCCCCUGUGCCAUUCCAGGGGCUGGGGGUCUUUUAUGUAUUUGUGUUCUAAGGGUGAGCUGGGGGGGGUGGGAGAAGGGGGGAAGGGAAAAAGGUUUCUUGGGUGGGGGGUGCUCACUGCCUGUUUGGGCAGCUUCUCCCCAUGCUGGUGAGCCCAGAGCUGUGUCCUGGUGCUAGGGGAGGGGGAGCUCACCAGCCUGCCCUGCACCUCAGGGCCCCUCCCCUGCUCCCACCAGCCAGGGUGGAGGGCUCAGCACCUGCCAGGGCCCAGCAGCCCUCACUGCCUCCUCUUCCUCCUCGGGAAAAGUUUGGCUUGGGCUGUACCUUGCAGUGCUCCAGUUGUUUCCGUGCCCUGCCUGCACUGGCCAGGGGAUAAAGUCAUCUUUGGCAGUUG